AUGAGGGUGGAUCUUGACCAAAUCGAAUUCUACCAUGGCCCAAGCCGCCGGUCACCUUUUACCAGUGCCAAAAGCGUGACUGGGGGUCACGCUCCCACUCAUGUGCCGCGAUACUUCCAGCAAUCCUUUCCGACUGGAUCCGGCUUCCGUCCAGGACGGGACGAGGUUCUUCUCGGACAGCCGCCGCCAGUGACCGGUUCAACCCACGAGUGGAACAUAUUUGACUUCGAGAUCAACAAUGUCUACGUUUCAACUCCGUCUGAAGUGGCGAAAGACGUCGGGAUUCCAGUGGCAAAGGAUAUCCCAGCAGCCUGUGAUAUCCCAGUGGAAUUUGGAUCUUCGGCCUUGGCGUUGCCAGAGUGUAUGCCAUUGACAGACUCUGCGGAAACAAACCCGUGCCCUGCAAAGCUUGACCACCUAGAUCACGUUAUGCGGGAAAACGAUGUACCGGACGCUGUUACCGGCGCCGUUGCCGAUGCCAUGCAGAUGGAGACUUCUCACCUGUCGGGUGUGCCUGAUGUGACGGUGCCGAUUCCUGCACCCGCACAAGCGGACCAUGUUUCUAGCGACUCAUCAAUGACGAGUGAUUCCCAAAAAGAAAUAGUCAAGCGGAAGGUUUCUACGGCGGGGUCAGACAUCCUGUGCCCCGGGGACUACGAGAAUGGUACGGAGCCAAGUCAAUCAUCCGGCCUAGUUGAAAAUCCAUGCUCUAGGGCAAACGAUACCCCGGAGCGGACUAAAGAUUUUGGCACUAGUGAAGAGAUAUCGACCCCAUUGGUCCCGUCCGCGGUACCGACCGUGCGCUCUACUUCAGCAUCUUAUCGUGUUCAAAGGACCUCAGAUUCCAAUAUCCCGGUGCGCCAUCCUUCGGUAGCUGUGGUUGUACCUGCACCAUCACCGUCCUGGAAGCAAGGAGUUGUCAGGAGAAGCACAAGGGCCGCUGCGGUAGUAUGCAAGAAGCGACUCCGUUCAGGUCGAGACAUCUGCCAUCGCCGAGAUCGGACCACCACCUUCCAUGACACUGAACAGCCUCAAAAGAGGACGAAGAAACGGAGACUUUCAAUUAGGCCGAUUUCCAACGCUUCCGACGCUUCCAUUCCCGUUGCAUCUCAUUGCGCUGGUGCUAUCCAGGGUGUUCGUGGGAGCGCUCUCUUGACGGUCGAAUCUAAUCCGGGGUUGAACCCGGCAUAUUUCUUUACGUUCGUACCCGAACCUAGCCCGACGCGGUCUCGACAUGACCCAGCAGCUAUCCCACGGAAAAAAAGAGAAUACACGUCGGACGAGAAUGCGCUGCUGGUGCGGCUGAAGGAAAAGGAGGCAAUGUCAUGGUCCGAGAUUACGACUUACUUUCCCGACCGAGAUACGCCAUCUCUUCAAGUCCAUUAUUCCACCAAGUUACGCCAUAAGGCCAGCUCUCGGUCUGGGAAACCGAGGAGACGCAAAUGA